UUACAGAUCCGAUCUGAGAGAUGGCAGAAACCGCCCCAGCUACAGCCGCCCCGCCGGCCAAAUCGCCCAAGAAGAAAUCUGCUGCCAAACCCAAGAAAACGGGUCCAAGCGUCGGAGAUCUCAUCGUCAAAACUGUGACCGCGUCCAAGGAGAGGAGCGGCGUGUCUCUCGCCGCCCUGAAGAAAGCUCUCGCCGCCGGUGGAUACGAUGUGGAGAAGAACAACUCCCGCGUCAAGAUCGCCGUUAGGAGUCUGGUGACUAAAGGGACUCUGGUGCAGACCAAAGGGACCGGCGCCUCCGGAUCAUUCAAGCUCAACAAGAAACAAUCCGAGAGCACGAAGAAACCCGCCAAGAAAGCCGCUCCUAAAGCCAAGAAGGCCGCAGUCAAGAAACCCGCCGCUGCUAAGAAGCCCAAGAGUGCCGCGGCUAAGAAACCUGCCGCCAAGAAAUCUCCCAAGAAGGCGAAGAAACCAGCAGCCGCUAAAAAGGCAACGAAGAGCCCCAAGAAGGCAAAGAAACCAGCAGCCGCCAAGAAAGCAGCCAAGAGCCCUAAAAAGGCCAAAGUUGUCAAACCCAAAACGGCAAAGGCUAAAGCAGCCAAGCCUAAGAAAGCAGCUCCCAAAAAGAAGUAAAUGAUCUUCCGAGUUUCUCCCUCAAAACGGCUCUUUUAAGAGCCACCUACUAUUUCAUAUAAAAGAGCAAAACCUUUGUAUUUUAUAUUUUGUGAUGUUUUAUUACAUUUGUUGUGAGGGGACACAAUCUUGAAUUUGACUGUAACAAAACAAAAACACCAAAAUCAAAAAAGCUGCAUAUUCAGAAAAUAUCAAACGUGAUAUUCAGUGUAAGUUUCACCCGCCUGACAGGUUGAGUGUAAAAUCAGUGUUUCAUAAAACUAUAAAAUGAAUGUUAGUGCAAAUUAUCUGACAUCAUUUGAUAUGCAUAAUUCUAUCGAUUGUGCCUCUAUCAGGGAAAAAUAUCAAAUUUACUUAAGGUCAGAUAUAUUUCACCAAAUUAUUAUUAUUGAUAUUGUCUUUUACAUUAAACUGGAUUUAAAACUCGUUCAGCUUGAAGUUUCUCAU